GUGAGAAAAACACCAGAGGUAGGGACCAAAAGGAGUCCCCAGCCUCCGGAUGGACCAGCUGCCUGGACGAUCCCCUGUGGAGCCAGACCAGAGAGCAAGGUCUUCGGGUUCCAGACUUGCCACCACAUCACUCUAAGCUCCACGAGGAAAAGGAAUACGUCUGUUACACGUCAUCUCAUCACCGGCAUGGGACACGGUGCCAAGCGCAUGGCAGCAUCUGGCUCUGGACUGAGCAUUUGGGAGACGCUCAACAGUUUGAUAUCUGUGGUUUGAAAGAAUCUGAGCCUCUGGGCUUCAAAUGUAGCUAUCAGAUUUCUGAUCUGACUUCCGGAAUAAUUUUUCAUGACGGUUGUGAAGUUUGGCGGAAAUUUGCCAAGAAAAGGCUUUGGAAUUGUUUUCUUAAGAGUUUCUUAGGAAUGGGAUCCUUUCUCCACCCAUCUCCUUGGAGCCAGAAGCCCAGAAGGAGGUUGGAAGCCAGGAGAAUCAGAUGGUCAUUUGUCAGCAAAGGAGUUGAGACAGCCCCCCUCCCCAUCCAGGCUGCCUGAGCCCCUUUCAAGACCUCCAAGUAGGGCUCAUGUGGUCCUCAGGAAACAAAAGGGCUGAUAUGGAGGCAUGAUGAAUUCCACACACUAUUGAUGCAGCUGCCCCUUUCCUGGGGGGUCAAUCCGUAUAAGGCCAUGCCUCGCAAAAUCGAGGAAAUCAAGGAGUUUUUGCUCAUGGCCAGGCGAAAGGACGCCAAAUCCGUCAAGAUCAAGAAAAAUAAGGAUAAUGUGAAGUUUAAAGUUCGGUGCAGCAGAUACCUUUACACCUUGGUCAUCACGGACAAGGAGAAGGCAGAGAAACUGAAGCAGUCCUUGCCCCCAGGUUUGGCAGUGAAGGAGCUGAAGUGAACCUGGCCCACUGAUUUGAACUGUAUUAAAGUUUUAAAAAUUC